ACUCUACUGAUGUUAAUUCGGAUGAAUUUGAAAGAGUUGAGAUUUUAGAAAUCUUUUAAGAUGGUCGUUGAUUUUUAAUUUUUAAUUUUUAUUUUUAAUUUUUGAUUUUCGUUUUCUCGAAGAAGGUGAAACCAGCUGACCGGAAAAUGGGUAUAAGAGGAAACGGAAGCCGCCUCUGCUACUGGUAGUCUGCUCUCACUAUUUCUCUGUUGCGUCAGUUCCAGUCAGGGCAGCCGCGCUACAACAAUGCCUUUGCACUCUGAGGGCUCCGAGCUUGUUUCUCUCAACAUCGGAGGGAAGAAAUUUUGUACCACAGUCGGUACAUUGACUCAGCGCGAGCCCGAUUCUAUGCUCGCUGCAAUGUUCAGUGGUCGUCAUUCUGUUGUCCAGGACUCUGCGAAGGGCUGUAUUUUUAUUGAUAGGGAUGGUAAACUUUUUCGGCACAUUCUAAAUUGGUUGAGGGAUGGUGCAAUUCCCAAGUUAAAAGAUUCCGAAUAUUCAGAGCUUCUGUGGGAGGCAGAAUAUUAUCAGCUUCUUGGAUUGAUUGGCGAAGUUAAUGGUAUUUUAAAUAAGAUGAAGGAUGGUGAUGCCUUGGAUGCUGAACUUACACGUACUGAUAUAAUCAAAUGCAUACAAUCAGAUAGAGUCAAACUUCGAGGGGUGAACCUUUCUGGGCUUCAGCUUUCUAAAUUGGACCUGUCAUGCGUGGACUUCAGCUAUGCAUGUCUUAAAAAUGUAUUCUUCUCACGAGCGGACCUUCAUAGUGCAAAAUUCCGGGAUGUGGAUGCUGAGGGUUCAAUAUUUCAUCAUGCAAUUUUGCGUGAAUGUGAAUUUACCGGGGCAAAUCUUCGUGGAGCUUUAUUAGCUGCUGCUAAUCUUCAGAGUGCAAAUUUACAAGAUGCUUGUUUGAUAGACUGCAGCUUCUGUGGUGCAGACCUGCGUUCUGCACAUCUUCAGAGCGCUGAUCUUACUAAUGCUAACUUAGAAGGAGCUAAUUUGGAGGGAGCCAAUUUAAAGAAUGCGAUAUUGACUAAUGCUAAUUUGAAAGGUGCAAAUCUCCAACGUGCUUAUUUACGACUGGUCGACCUUCGGGAUACAGACUUGGAAGGUGCGAAGCUUGACGGUGCCAAUAUGCUUGGAGCAAUCAGAUGAGAGUGGAAAAUUGUCCUCUAGUAUAAUAAUAUAUGUGUGUGUAAUCUAUUGCCAUUUCCAUUUCCUCAUUUAUUGUUUCUGGUGGUAAUGUGCAUGUUUCAGGAGAAAGAUGUGGAAAGUUGUAAACAGGUGAUCACCUGAACCCAUUUGAAAUAGGUGCUAUUUGGGUGGCCUGUAGAUAACCCUGCACAUGAAAUUCUAACCAAUAUAUUUAAUAUUAUUCGGCAAUAUUUUAACUGUAAUAAUAUUUGAACUGUUGAGCUCGUCUUUGAAUAAGACUCUGGUGGAUGACUAUAA